UGUAAAUAAAAUCCUCUUGCUAAUCCUCUAUAAAGAUGUCCCUCAGUCCAUUUGCUUUAGUGUUUUUUUUUAAUCUCAGCCGAAGAACUGGAAUAAACAGCAUGGAGUGUAAGCAGUGGUUGAUUUGUUUAAUGCUUGCAAUGAUAUGUCCUCUUUGUGCAGGUGCUCCAUCCUCCAUGUCCAAAAGAAAUGGAUCAUGUCCCGAGGGGAAUCUAAACAUGACUGGAGGGAGCUUUGUUCUUUCUAAAGGCUAUUCAGAUGGGAGUUUUCUAAAAUACAUCUGUCCGGAUGGAUAUUAUCCUUCAGUUCAGUCACGUCGUUGUCAGUAUGGACUCUGGACCCCAAAGACCAGCACCCGAAAAACCCCAGAGUGCAAAAAGGUCACAUGUCCCAAUCCUCGUGUUUUGGAGAAUGGAGAGGUGACCCCAUAUAAAAACAGGUACUAUGUAAAUGACACAACCACCUACUCGUGUCAUUCCGAUUAUAAGUUCCGUGGCUCGGCGGUCCGUGUUUGCAAGCCUAACGGGAAGUGGAAUGGAAGCACACCAAUUUGUGGACGUGACUCUGAUCACUGUCCUGACCCUGGCAUCCCCCCUGGUAGCAGUCGAACAGGCCACAUGUUUAAUAUUGACGACAAAGUCACGUAUCGCUGUGACAGUACAUUGACCUUGAUUGGUUCCAAAGAGCGAGUGUGUCAGGAUAGCGGCCAGUGGUCAGGGACAGAGCCACAAUGUUACGCGCAUUUCACAUACGACACCACAGAGGAAGCGUCAGAAGCUUUCAGCAGUUCUCUAAAGUCAAAUCUAGCAGUUUCUCAACAAGAUGAAGAAGAAGAUCAGCAUGGGAAGAAAAUAACUUUGGAUCAGGGUGGAAAACUUGAUAUCUACAUUGCUGUGGAUGCAUCUGACAGCAUCGAUGAGGAAGAUUUUAACAAGGCAAAAAACAUCAUUAAAAAGCUUAUAGAGCAGAUUAGUUAUUACCAGGUCUCCCCAAACUAUGAGAUCCUGAUGUUUGCUACGGACGUUACACCGAUAAUCUCUAUGAGGGACUUUAAAAGUAAUGAAGGUGCAAGAAACCUAUUGCAGGUUUUUGAAAAUCUGGACAAUUUUAAUUAUGAUGAUAAAGGUGAUCGAACAGGUACCAAUAUCGCCAAACUCUAUUCAGCCAUUUUGGGCAGCAUGAAAAUAGAGGAGCUCAACAAUACAAGCAGCUUCCUUGAGACCCAACACAUCAUCAUUGUGUUCACUGAUGGUCAAGCAAACAUGGGGGGGAGUCCCAUACCUAAAGUGAACCAGAUCAAACAUCUUGUCACCAAGAAUGAUCCGAUGCGAGAGAAGAAACUUGAUCUUUAUGUAUUUGGAGUUGGAGAUGAUGUAAAUAAAGAAGACAUAAAUGGCAUGGUGUCAGAGAGGGACCAAGAAAAAUAUUUCUUUAAGCUUCCAAACUUGGACGAGGUGCAGAAGACGUUUGACAGCAUGAUUGAUGAGAGCACCAGUGUAGGAUUGUGUGGGAUUCAUCAAGACUAUGACAAAGAGAAUAAACGGCGUGCAUAUCCCUGGUUGGCGCAGAUUAAUGUUGCUCGUUCUCCACAAGGUUCAAACUGCAUGGGGUCAUUAGUUACCUCAAGUUACAUCUUGACAGCAGCUCACUGCUUUAAAGAGGGAGACACACCUGAGAAGAUAACAGUUAAUCUGGAAAAAGGCCCAGCUGCAAAAGUGAAAAAAUACAUACUUCAUCCUAAGUAUAACAUCACAGCAAAACAGCAUAUGGGAAUAAAGGAAUAUUACGAAUUUGAUGUAGCUCUUAUACAGUUGAAAAAAGCUGUUAAGAUGAGUGUUAAUAUGCGACCAAUCUGUGUCCCCUGCACGAAAGAAACCAAUGGAGCUCUGAAACUUUCAGACAGUGAAGGGACGUGUAGAAAACAUGAGGAAUUACUAAUGAGCAACGAACUUGUGGAAGCUGCUUUUACGUCUCAAAUGGAGCCCACUACUGAUGCACCACGAAAAAUACGAAACAUCACAAUCAAGCGUGGAAAAUAUUGGGAUGCUUGUGUUGAAGAUGCAAAAAAAGCAGAAGGAAUCAACGUAACAAACGCAAAGGACGUAGUUACAGACAGUUUUCUGUGCAGUGGUGGUACUGAACCAAAAACAGAUAAUGUUGCCUGCAAAGGUGAAUCAGGUGGGGCCACUUACGUGAAUAAAAAAGGUCGACUGAUUCAGGUUGGUGUCGUAAGCUGGGGAGUGAAGGACCUCUGCACAAAAGCAAAACCGGACCCCCUUUCACAAGCAGGAACCAGAGAUUACCAUAUAAAUCUUUUCAGUGAGAAGAUACAGUCAUUCUUUAAAGAGCACCUAGGAAAUGACACUAUAGGUCACCCUCUAUCGUUCUUCUGAUUGUUUUAGCAGACUGAAACUGUGUGAGUGCAACUUGAUAAAACACUUUCAUUCAUUUUCAUUGACACAGUAUAUUAAGACCAUUUUAAGUCAAAUAGCCAGUCUUUGUUAAAAAUGAAUCCAGCUUAUUAUCAAAUGUCUUUCAUGUGUUAUUCAUUUAAUUUUAUGUUGAUGUUAUGUUUAUGUUUGUGCGAUACUAUCUGUAUGUCCAACCAAUGGCGGGCAGGGGAGUGUCAUUAUUUUUGACAAUUUUGUCUGUAGUGCAGAAAUUGUGCACUCCGAAUGGAAUUACAAAAUAAUGACCACUGACACAGAAGUAUAUUUUUAAACACAGUGCCACAGUGUUUUCAGGCAUUUUUACAAGUUCAAAUAAAACAUCACUCAUUUAUAA